AUGGAAGAUAAGAAGAAAACUCAAAAUUCCGUGCUAAAGAACAUUCAGAAAGAAAAGACAGUUGCAAAGAAAAAUGAUUUUAAAAAUAGAAAAAUCACAAAGAAAGAAUCAACUGAAAAGAAAAAAACUAAAAUGGUAAAAAGCGCUCGGAACAAAUUUAUUUCUGAAAAGAAAUCUAACCAAACUGAGAAUGAUUCAACAGUUGAGGAAAAGAACCGUCCCAGUCGAAAGAAAUCAAAGAAUAUCUCUUAUAAAGAAUCUGAUGAAAGUGAUUUUGAGGAAGAGGACAAAGUGUCUGAAAAGAAAUUGAAAAUUUGCAAGAAGACUUUAGCUUCAAAGGUUUCUGAGAAAAUGAGUAGCUCUUCAAGUCCCAUAUCUUCAGAUGAUUUUGAAGAGUCCAUAAAAUUUACAUCUUCCAAAAGAACAGAAUCCAAAGCUGAUCAUAAAAUCAUAUCAAGCAGUUCUUCCAAUGCUAGUUUUGCUGAUAAUCAAGAAAAAUCUGUUGAUUGUGUAAAUAUGGUUUUUGAUGAUGUGUCUCACUUUGAAAAUUUAGAUUCUAGACCUCUCACCUACAUUCUUUCUUUUGAUAAUGAUAAUCUCCUUAAGCAGCCUCUUCCUAAAACAAUUUCAGAAUAUAAAAAUCAUCCCUUGUAUGUUCUUAAACGGCAUCUGUUGAAAUUUGAAGCAAUUUACCCUAAUUCAGCUGUGCCUUUGGGUUACCUAAAAAACGAACCUAUUUAUGCAAGAGAAUGUGUUCACCAGUUGCAUGCCCGAGAAACAUGGAUGAAAGAUGGAAGAAAUGUCAAGGGAAAAAUUCCUCGGAAUGAAUAUGGAAAUGUUGAACUCUAUAAACCAUCCAUGCUUCCAGGAGGAACUGUUCAUUUGAAAGAACCUGGUUUGAACAGAAUUGCUCGUAAACUUGGUAUUGAUUGUGCAGCUGCCAUGGUUGGUUGGGAUUUCCACGGGGGAUCUUCUCAUCCUGUUUUUGAUGGUUGGAUUGUGUGUGUUGAACAUGAAGACAUGAUUUUGAAAGAAUGGGAAAAGGAUCAGGAACGUACUCAGUUAAGAGAAAUUGAGGAACCUGAAUCUAUUGAAGAUGAGCAAGAAGAGGCAAAAGAUUCUAAAUUGUGGCAUAAUAGAUAUCUCUACUGA